AUGUCUGCAAUGAAAGUCCGCGGCAGGUGCACUUGCAACGCGCUACGUUACAGCGUCUCACUUGAGAAUGCGGACGCGGGUCGAACAUCACUCUGUCAUUGCUCAAGCUGUCGUCGGGCUUUUGGCACGCCUUUUGGGACUACCACAAAGGUGCCGCUUGACGGUUUCAAAUACGAGCAAGGCAAACCCAAGCUCUACAAGCAAGACAACGGCGUGAUUAGGGAGUUUUGUGACAACUGUGGCGUCUUCAUCUGCGAAUAUGGUGAACAAGCAGCAGACAAGUUCCGGUACAUCAUGUGGGGAACUAUGGAUGAGCCAGAGAAGUUACCGCCCAAGGGAGAGUUCUUCUGCAAAUCAAGGGCUUCUUGGAUGCCCGAAAUCCCAGACGUUUUUCACAAGCAGGAGAUCAAGCAAUGA